GAGCGCGUCGAAAUUUGAAGUUGAUCCUAUUAUGGAAAUCACCUGCAGAGGAAUGCAUUUAUUUAUAGAAUAUAAAAAUUACCUAACAUUGCAUCAUCUUCGAGUGACAGCUGUAAUAAAAUUGCAUUUAUCCUACUACGUCAGUCAGUAUCCGCUUGAACGUUAGUGGAGGUGGUUCUUCUGUUUCUUUGUUAACGUCUCCGUACGAGUAGCGAAAAAUUACAGAUUAGAAGGUGUGCUUUGUCUUCCAUCAAUUGCCUAACCAAUUUUCAUUGAAAUUUAAAGUCUUGUCGAAGUAGUAUCGACUUUAAUCCAAUCACGUGAUUAUUCGGUUUCUAUAAAAGCUCAACGUUUUCACAAUUCCAGACAGUUUCAUACCAAGCUCAAGUGAGUGACGGAUGUUACUUUUACACCUCCCAGCUGCAUAAGUGCAUUUAGUCGACGAUAAAGUGUAGUAACAAAUUUAUAAUUGGGUUACUCUUACUACCCUGAACGGCUGUAAUUAAAAAUUCAAUCAAAUCAAUUACUAUUACGAAAAAUUGAACAAUCGAGUUAAUUAUUGCGUCAGUUUUUACAAUCUGAAACGUCGCAUUCCCUUUAGUACGCAAGUGCAGCUUAACUGCAAGGUGUUGCUGUGUUUUGUUUCAGCUAUCCACGUUCUAUUACAAAUUAUUCUUCGGAUCACACGGCUUAUACGCCCUACCUCUACUUAAUUCUUAGUGUGUAAAGAAUUACUAAAAAAAUCAAUUUCUCACAGUAGCUUAUUGCACCUGGAAGUGUUUAUGACUAAUUAAUCAAAUCUCUUAUCAUUAAGCAAAAUUGCACAACGUGUAAAAUUAUAUUGCAUCACUUUUUUACAACUCUGGGAAACUUCGCAUUCCGUUUUAGAUUUAGUACGCAUCUACAGCUCAAGGAGCCUGGUUUUGUUAAAAACUGAGAUUGUUUGUACCAUUAAAAGUAUUUGGUAGAUCACGGGCAUAUGCAUCCUGGUUAAUCGUAGUGCGUGUGGAAUUAUUCAAAAAUAAGAAACCUAUAUCUCGAAUAAGCCAUACACGUUUUACUUAUAAAUUACACGAAAUUAUUCGGCAGUGCCUACGAACACGUGAUUUUUCAGUAUAAAAUCCAACUUGUCAACAUUUUUAUUCAGUAGUCGAUUGAAUCCCGCGUGUGACUGACUGACUUGACGAUAUAAUCGGCAUUUUUUACAAUACUGAUUGAUAAACUUACUCAUCAAGGAAUAAUAUAUCUUUCCCAGAACGAAAUACAUCUUCACCCAUCAAGCGAUACCUUAGUUGUUUCUAUUCUUCCGUGUUAAAAUUAUUUUGGCGUAAGGUACCUAGUAUCGGUGAAAAACAAGAUCACUUAGGUACACACUCUACAAGAAAUACUCCUCUGCUACAUUACUUCCAAAAAUAAUCUAAUUAUGCGCAAGUUUGUAAUUGAGAGUGAGUUUGAAAAGAACGUCAAACGAUUUGGUUUAAAAGGACGAUCUAUUCAGUUUAGGUUAAAACAAAUACCACCUAACGAAAAUAGCAUAUUAUGGAUUAAGAACGCGAUCAGGCAAAUAAUCACGUAUGCAUGUAAUAAGGUUUCGGCUGAAGACAUGGUAGGAUUUACUUUUUGUUCUAAAAAAUUUUCGCGAGGAGGGGGUUAUUUGAAGUUCCAACGCGCUGAUUCAGUAUAUUUUGAAGACAUAUGGGAGCUAAUUUCGUCUAUAUAUCAAUCAAAUUCGGACGGAUUGAGCACAGAAACUUUUUGUUUGGAGGCGACCAUUGUCCGUACCCCAUUAGGCAGGGGGAGAUCAGCUUGUAGCAAAUACAUAGGUUUCGAGGAGGAGUGUAAAGCAAGGCGAGGUAUUGUUUACAUAAAAAAUGUAGAUAAUUUAUGUUUACCUCGAGCUCUUGUUGUUGCUAUAGCCAAUACAACUGAUGAUCCUGAUUAUCAAAAUAUACGAAAGGAUAUAGCACAAAUUCAAUAUAAGAAAGCAAAACAAUUAAUGCAAGAAGCCGACAUUGAGAUUGGAAGAAACGGGGCGGGUUUACCCGAAUUAGAAAAGUUUCAGUCGCAUCUAAAUAAUUUUAAAAUUGUUGUUUACAACUAUGGGUCCAAAGGGCGCGAUCUUAUUUUCGAGGGUGAUUCUGAGGCAACGCUAAAAAUUAAUUUGUUGUACUAUAAUAAUCAUUACAAUGUAAUAACCUCACUAACGGCUGCUUUUGCGUGCGUGUAUUUUUGCGACAAGUGUCACGUGGGCUAUAACAAUAAAUUCGAUCACAAGUGUGUUGGUGUUUGUUCAUCGUGCAAACAUUCUCCUCCAUGCGAUCGUGGUCAGGCAAUAAAUUGCCCAGACUGUUGCAGAUAUUUUGUCUCUAAAACAUGUUUUGAUAAACACAAAGAAUUAGGGCAUAAAGAGCAUAAAACAAUUUGCGAAAAAAUAUUUAAGUGUAAAACCUGUUACAAAACAGUUCGAAAAGGGACGGACCACAAAUGUAACUCAUAUUACUGUAAAACAUGCAAGAAAAGUCGGCCAGAUGAUCAUCUUUGUUAUAUGCCUGUAGAUAAUUCAUCACCUAAUUUAAAAGAUUUUUUAUUCAUUUUCUAUGACCUUGAAUGUACGCAAGACAAAAAAUUUAGCGAGUUGAAAACUUUACACGAGCCAAAUUUGUGCGUUUUUAACCAAAGGUGCGAGAUGUGUCUAAAUGAUCCCUUGGAAAAGAUUAUCUUCAAUAACUGUGCCGUUCGACGGCAGAUCCUAAAAUUUUCCGAUGUUAUUGAAAGAUUUGUUCAUUACAUUCUAGAGAUAAAAAAAAGAUUCAAACGCGUAAUCGUUUUGGCUCAUAAUGGGCAAGCGUAUGAUCAUCAAUUUAUUUUAAAUUACAUUUUAACCAAAACUAAAUUUAAACCUGAGAUGAUUAUGCGGGGAUCUAAAAUUAUUUCUAUGUAUAUCGAUAAUGUCACAUUUUUGGACUCCUUGAACUAUUUUCCAAUGGCUCUAGCGAAACUACCCAAAGCGUUUGGAUUGAAAGAUAAUUUUCGAAAAGGCUAUUUCCCAUACCAUUUUAAUACGCUUGAAAAUCAAAAUUAUAUAGGACCUUAUCCCGAUAUGGGGUACUAUGGCCCAAAUACAAUGAUGGCAGACGACCGAGAAAAGUUCAUUCUUUGGUAUAAUGAAAACAAAGACAAAGUGUUUGACAUGCAAAAAGAAAUUGUGACAUACUGCGUAUUAGACGUAGAUAUUUUAACACUGGCCUGUUUAAAGUUUAGAGAAUCAUUAAUUAAAGCGGGGAACGUGUGCCCAUUUUCAGAAGCUUGCACUAUUGCCAGUUCUUGUAAUAAACUGUUUCGUCGAAACUUUUUGAAACCGGAUACUAUCGGUUUGAUUCCUCGACACGGGUAUCGUUAUCGAGAUAAGCAAUCAAAAAUAGCAAUUGAGUGGUUAAUAUGGGAGGAAAAAGUAAGGGGCAUUAACAUAUUGCACGCAGCUAAAGGGAAAGAAAUGGUACUAGGUGGUUUGUCCGUCGAUGGGUAUUGCGCAGAAACCAAUCAAGUCUUCGAAAUGAUGGGGUGUUUCUACCACGGAUGCACAAAAUGUUUUAAAAAUGAUCGUGAUAAACCAGUAUAUAAUAACGGCGACGAAACCAUGAAUCUAAGAUAUGAAAAUACCCGUUCGAAGAUCGUUCAUUUAAAUCAAUUAGGUUACGAGGUGAUAGUAAAGUGGGAAUGCGAAUUUAAUCAAGAGAAAAACUCGGAUAUGGCACAGUACAUAUCUGACCACCCACUGAUCAAUUUUGCGCCUUUAAAUACGAGAGAUAGUUUUUAUGGGGGCCGAACCGGAAACAUCAAGUC